UAGCGCCUUUUGACAUUCGUGUAUCAAGUUGGCCAGACAUUUUUGGCGACUAUAAAUAAGUGGCUUGUUUGUGGAGAAGGUACUAGUGUUCUCACAACUUCGGUCCCAGCAACAUGAAAUUCUUCGCCAUCCUUUCGCUUGCCCUUCUGGCUGUGGCCUCGGCCGAUGUCAGCCACCUGGCCAACACCUACCUGCCUCCCCACUCCGCGGCUGCCUCCAACAGCUACGAGUCCUACCAGGCUGCUCCCGCCGAGGAGACCUACGAGGCUCCCGCCGCCGCCGCUGCCACCACCUACGAGAGCGAGUCCUACUCCGCCCCAGCUGCCUCCUACAACAGCGAGUCCUAUGCCGCCCCAGCUGCCUCCUACAACAGCGAGUCCUAUGCCGCUCCAGCUGCCGCCGCCGCUGAGACCGCCUCCUAUGCCGCCGAGUCCGCCGCCGAGGAGACCUACGAGGAGCCCGCCGCCAGCUACGUCGCCCCAGCUGUGGUGAAGACCUACUCCGCUCCCGCUGUCUCCUCCUACUCUGCUCCCGCUGUGGUGAAGACCUACUCCGCCCCGGCUGUGUCCAGCUACUCCGCUCCUGCUGUCUCCUCCUACUCCGCCCCAGCUGUGGUCAAGACCUACUCUGCCCCAGCUGUCUCCUCCUACUCCGCUCCUGCUGUGGUGAAGACCUACUCCGCCCCGGCUGUGUCCACCUACUCUGCUCCCGCUGUGUCCAGCUACACCGCUCCCGUGGUGGCCAAGACCUACACCGCUCCCGCUGUUGUGAAGACCUACUCCGCCCCAGCUGUGUCCAGUGGCUACACCCAGGCCUACACCGCCCCCGCUGUGGUCAAGAGCUACUCCGCCCCGGCUGUGACCAAGACCUACACCGCCCCCGCCGUGGUCAAGACCUACUCCGCCCCAGCUGUGUCCACCUACACCGCUCCAGUGGUGACCAAGUCCUACACCGCUCCCGUGGUGACUAAGACCUACACCGCUCCCGUGGUGACUAAGACUUACACCGCUCCCGCUGUGGUGAAGACCUACUCCGCCCCAGCUGUGUCCAGCUACUCCGCCCCAGCUGUGGUCAAGAGCUACUCCGCCCCAGCUGUGUCCAGCUACUCCGCCCCAGCUGUGGUCAAGACCUACUCCGCCCCAGCUGUGUCCAGCUACUCUGCUCCCGCUGCGGUCAGCAGCUACUCCUCCGGAUCCUCGGGCACCGUCUACGGCUCCAACGGUGGAUACGUCUACUAUAUUAUCAUCUUUGCCCUGGCAUUGCUGGUUUCUAUUGGCGCCCAACCAGUAAGCUAUCAGGAAAUGGAAUCUCCGACCACGAUUACCACCAGGCGACCCAAUCUCGUCAUCGAGGAGAUGGAACCCAUGAGGUAUCACUUCGUCACCGAGCAUCGACCCACUUCACUGGGCCAGAACUACUAUCUAAAACCAGGACAACUAGUGGGAUCAGUAGAGCUGGACUCGGACAUCCUUAAGGUGCGACACGACCAGGAUAAUGGCAAGCCGGUUUCCAGCAAGCACAACAUCCUAUUUGUGGCCUACGCCAAGGACCCACGCUCCUUUGCUUUUGUGGUUUUCACCCUGGCCUCUGUGGGAAUGGUCACCCCGCUGAGCAACUCCUAUCUGCCCCCGAAAGUGGGUGCCCAAAGUGGGUACAGUGCAGCGGCCUCCAGUUCUUCGGGAUCUUAUGCAGCUCCUGCGGCCACCUAUGCCCGUAGAGCUCAUUCCGUGGCGGCUCCAUCCAGGCAAUACCUAGCCCCAGCUGCAUCAUCUGCAUCCCAUGGUAGCUACAGCUCGGCUGGUUCCUCCUACUCCGCUCCAGCUAUUUCCCAUGGAUCCUACUCCGCUCCAGCCGUAUCCCAAGGAUCUUACUCCGGUCCAGCUGUAUCCCAAGGAUCCUACUCCUCUGCCUCCCAUACCAGCUACUCUGCUCCCGUGGCCACUCCCUCCAGGCAGUACUUAGCUCCGUCAGUGGUAUCCCAUGGCAGUUACUCCUCUCCAGUGGUUUCGCACAAGAGCUACUCCGCUCCAGCCGUAUCCCAUGGAUCAUACUCCUCUGCAGGAUCCUCUCAUGGCUCUUAUUCCGCACCAUCGUCUUCCUACAGCUCUGGUUCCUAUUCUGCCCCAGCUGCCUCCCAUACCAGCUACUCCGCUCCUGUGGCAGCUCCUUCCAGACAAUAUCUGGCUCCAGCUGCCAGCUAUAGCUCCGCCGGAUCGUCCUACGCCAGUGCUCCAGCUGCAUCCAGCUCCUUUGGAUCCUAUGCCGCUCCAGCUGUCUCCAGGAAGAGCUAUGCCGCCCCAGCCGUCUCCCAUGUGAGUUACUCGGCGGGUUCCAGCCAAGGAUCUGGCUAUGCCGGCAGCCAGGGAUCUAGCCAUGGAUAUGGAUCUGGAUCUAGCCAUGGUUAUGGAUCUGGAGCCAGCCAAGGAUAUGCAUCUGGAUCCAGUCAUGGUUAUGCAUCUGGAGCCAGUCAUGGAUAUGGUUCUGGAUCUAGCCAAGGAUACGCAUCUGGAUCCAGCCAUGGAUAUGCAUCUGGAUCCAGCCAUGGAUAUGGAUCCGGAUCCAGCCACGGCUCGCUUCAAGGAUCUGGCCUGCGAUCUGGAUCCAGCUUCGUAUCGGGACACAAAUCGGGUUCCUACGCUUCUAAUGGAGGCUACGAGUACCGCCUGAAGCAUUGAAAGGAUCUCCCUGUGAAACUAAAAACGAUUCAAUUAUAUUUUGUACCUACAAUUUUUUUUAACAAUAGAAAUAAAGC